GUAUCUGCCCUGUAUACUGGUUAUGUGUAUGUAGGCUACAAGAAGCACCUUUUAGUCAGUUUCAAUCUUGGGUUCUGUUGAUAGAGAAGAGAGAAACAAACACAGUCAAGACUAGAUUCUGGUAUUUGGCUGUACAAGAAGCAGCCAAAGACACAAUCCGGCGGGCUCCCUUAAUUUGGAGCCCUGUAGCUACCUCUCCUCAGCAAACACCACAAAGAGAGGAAGAUAGCGAGAGCAUAACAUACUUAGUGCAUGCUGAUGAAGUCGACCAUGGUUGGAAGGGGCAUCCUGGGUUGUUUCAUUGUGUUUCUGUCUCUGGCCUCAGUAUCCUCUAUAAAAGGAACCCUUAUUUCAAUAAAGGACCUCAAGGGAAUAGAGUUUGGUCACACCUCUCCUCGGCACGGCCUCAUGCUGCUCCACUGGCUAGCCAACAACAUUUACAAUGACAACAACUGCAACAUGAGACUCAAUUUCAACCCAACCAGGGGAGACUAUGGAUUUCAUUUCUAUGGAAACAGACCACCUUCAUUACCUAUUCUGCUUCCUGAAAGCGGAAGAUACUACUCACUAGGGAAUAUGAACUGUAUUGGCUCAAUGAUGGCACUUCCUGAUUAUGUAACUCAAAGAUUCUACAACUCAAGGGGACCUGAGAGCAACAGGGACAGGGUCAUACUCAGAGUUAGGGAGGAAGAGUCCAAUCAGUUCAUAGUAGACGAGGUCUAUGUCACACAGCACUAUCCACUAAAUGGAAACACAGGAAUUGGCUAUGAUCCAGACAAUACACACCUUGUCAGUUUCAACCUCCUAACACAAAUCCAACGUCUCGCAACCAUUGGCCGAAAUGACAUUCCACGUAUAUAUAAUGUAGAGAUCAACCACAACAGUCUGCAAGAACUGGAAAACAUCUGGGGACACACACCUGGUCUGGCACUUCUUCUGGCUAUUGUAUUGUACUUUACACGUUCCAAAACCUUUUUAAUUAAGGAGCAAGCAUUUUGUUUCACAUCACAACCCCAGAGUGUCAUGGAGGAUAAGGAUAAUACAUUGAUUAAGCUUGAGGUGAAAACCACAGACCGAGGAAAAGCCAGGAUCAUCUGGAGUGGGAUCCCCAAGAGGCUAUUAGACCAGGGUGUAAUGGUGGUGCUUUAUAAGAGCAAUGGAAGUGAAAGCAAACUAGACAGGGCCUCGGUCAGGGGCAAGGCCUCUGGGAGUUAUAACACCUCAGUACCCCUUAACCCUGGUCUCCAGGUCAGGCUCCAUAAGGAGGUAAACAAUAGGUGGACUUACUUGGGGUUUGGGUCCACUAUCGAAGAGAUCUGGAGAGGUUCUGAGUUUCACAAUGCCAACCGAGAGAUUCCUGUUGAUAUUAUCGGACAUGACGGCAAUCUGCAGCUAUUUGUAAAGGACGGAAAGGCCUGCGCUCGUCUGUACGUAAAGAAAUCCUUCACUGCCUGGAAGAAAAUGUUUAAUAACUCCUGGGUUGGGUUCUACUCUUCCCAUAACAAAUCCAUUCUCAACUAUAAUACCUGGCAAUGGGCAGUGUCUUUUUCUAUGGAAAAACGAUCAGAUCUGGAGGAUGUACCUGAGUAUGACAUCUAUGUGUAUAACUCCAGUAUGGUCAUGGCUCCUGGGGUCCAGGCCAGAUUCAUGCUGCAGAGAAGAUCCAGUGAAGCAGCCCGUACUCUGUCCUGGGAGAGAGUUGAGCUCUUCCCGACCAGACAAUGUCAUAGAGGGAUUAGAGAUGAGCUGUAGUCACUGUAGGAAAUGUCAGAGAGAUUUGAAAUCUCCCCGUCAUGUAGAAAGCAUAAAAAAUGUACACAAUCAUUGUAUUUUUUGUAUUAGCAUUAUUUUGUACAUUGUAUUAGCUGUGUUCUCAGAUGUCCUUCUUCUGCCUUCCAGUGUUAUUAAUGGUUUAGUACACAUUGGUAUCCCAUUUCAUACUGAUUACGCCAAGUUUAUAUUUUGUUGAUAUCUGAUUAUGUAAUUGCCUCUGUCAAUGUUUGUGAAAUUUCUGCACCUUGCUUGUACUUUUUAUUCAUUGAUAUAAAUGGCUAAUGAAUGUCA